AUGGAGGCCGAUUGGGACGAAUUGUCGCGCAUUCCGGUGCCUCCUCCAAGCCCGCAUGGCCUGCCGACCGUCGCGACGACAAUAGCAUUCGACGAUGUGUCAGAAUUACUUUGGGCCGGCAAUGAGUUUGGCCGAAUCACCUCAUUUUACGGUCCUGAACUGCAACGCUACACUUCUGUUCGCGCUCAUCCGGUAUCAGAUGGCCCUGUCCGACAAAUUCUGUUCCACGAGAGGGGCGUCAUAUCAUUAUCACCAAAGAGUGUGCACAUGAUUACGCGACGCGGACUCACGCAAUGGCAUAUCAGUCACGAGGAGAUGACGGAUUUGUACUGUAUGAGCUUUACGGCGCAGCUCAACAAGAUCAUUGUUGCGGGAUGUCAGAGGGCGAUGUUUACGAUUGACAUUGACAAGGGAAUUAUUGUCGACAAGCUGCAUACAGAUCACAACUAUACCAUGAUGAAGAAGAGUCGAUAUCUCUGUGCCGCGACGGAUACGGGAUCGGUCAACGCGUUGAGCCUGACGGAUUUUCGGGUGGUGAAGUCUUGGAAGUCACAUGGGACAGCAAUCAAUGAUAUGGAUGCUCGCAACGAUCUAUUGGUUACCUGCGGCUUCUCAGUCAGACACCUGGGCUCCCCGAUCGUGGACCCUCUGGCCAACGUAUACGACUUGAAGACGCUUUCGCCGUUACCUCCCAUCCCUUUUCAUGCUGGAGCUGCGUACGUGCGCAUGCACCCGAAACUAUCCACAACGAGCUUUGUUGCUUCUCAGACUGGCCAGUUGCAAGUAGUUGAUCUGAUGAAUCCUAAUGCGAUUAACCUUCGUCAAGCCAAUGUAUCCUUCAUGCUGGGGAUUGACAUUUCGCCAUCCGGAGAAGCUCUGGCUAUUAACGAUGCGGAGUGUUCCAUCCAUUUAUGGGGCUCGCCGUCUAAGAUUCAUUUUAAUGAGAUGAGCAAGGAGGUCGAAUUCGCAGAUGUCGUUCCUCGACCGCCUCCCCUUGACUGGUCUCCGGAUACACCUUUAAAUAUGAUUGGGAUGCCAUACUAUCGGGAACGGUUGUUGUCUGCGUGGCCUAGUCAUCUUGUGUUCGAAGUCGGCAGUCCUCCCGCGCCUAUCGACCAGAGUCUCAUCCCCUAUCUUCGCCCUGCGGAAAUGGGGCAUUACGCGCCGAAUCCGAAGAAGACACGGCGUUAUCAAGUCGAAAAUACGCGUGCGCUGACGACCGCCGAACCAGCUCUUAUCGCUCCUAAAUUCUUAAGUGAAAAAGCAAGGGAGCAGAGCAAAUUUAAAUCGGAAGCCUCCGUGAGCGACACGGCGGAGGCCCUCGCAGGCGCGAAGCUCAAUGGAGAAGCCGAAGACGAUCCUCUACUCAAGUACAGUAAUGUCGAAAUCAAGUACAGCCGGUUUGGGGUGGACGACUUUGAUUUUAGCUUCUCCGGGUUGGAAACACACAUCGCCAACUCCUUCACGAACGCGCUCCUCCAACUGCUCAAGUUCAUUCCUCUUGUGCGAAACCUCGCACUUCACCACGCAGCGAGCACCUGUAUAUACGAGACUUGUCUCCUGUGCGAGAUGGGAUACCUGUUCGAUAUGCUUGAGAAGGCCAAUGGACAGAAUUGUCAGGCCACAAACCUCCUGAAGACUUUCAGCAGCUAUCGAGAAGCUUCGAAUCUCGGCCUGCUCGAGGAAAACCUAACCACAAAAUCUCUCUCUUCCGCCAUUCAGUCUGUGAAUAGAUUUUUCCUUAACCAGAUCGCGCACGAUUUCCGCAUGAUUGUCCCGAGCUCCGAUGAUUUAGACCAUAGACUUUCGACCAUUGCGUCGGAGUCAAUCCGAUGCAUGUUUUGCCAGAAUGAGAUCGUCAGACCUGGCAACUCCUUAGCCAAUGAGCUAAUUUACCCUACCAUUGAUAUCAAACAAGCUCGCAGAAAUCCAGCUUUCCGAUUUUCGAGUAUCCUGAGAGCAAGUAUUGAGCGAGAGACACAGAACAGGGGAUGGUGCAACUAUUGCCGGCGAUAUCAGCAAGUGACCAUAAGGAAAUCUAUUCAUCGCAUGCCUCUGGUCCUGAUUCUCAAUGCGGCUCUCAGUAACGCCAUUUGCAGAAGAUUAUGGUCCAUUCCUGGCUGGUUACCCGAGGAGGUAGGCAUUGCCGUUGACAACGGCCAAGUUAUGUGUUUCGAAGGAGACGAGCUCAAGACUCAGUUGCAGAACAAGCUGCCUAAUCUUGUUGUAUACGAGUUAGUAGGCCUUGUCUCUGAAAUCGACAUCCCAGAGCAUCAAAAACCGCACUUGGUGUCAUUCAUCAAUGUCUCUAUCUCCUCUCGCGAACCAGAGGCGAAGAACAGGUGGCACUUGUUUAAUGACUUCCUUGUGACAGAAGUCGACAAGGACGAGGCUCUUCGGUUCAAUCAACCAUGGAAGUCACCCUGUAUCCUUGCGUAUCAGGUGAAGGAUGCUCGCCAUGCUGUCGAUGACUCUUGGAAGAAUGUCCUGGAUACCACUCUGCUUUUCCGCGAUUGGUCAUUGAAUGGUGGCCGUGCCGUGGAAACCCGCCAGACGCUUACAGAAGAGGAGAAGCCAACUCCUGGCACUCCCGUUGCUCUUGAUACAGAAUUUGUUGACCUCGAGAAAGCGGAGAUCGAUGUGAAAGCCGACGGGUCACAGGAAAUUGUGCGGCCCAGUAAAAGUGGACUUGCUCGAGUAUCCGUCCUUCGGGGGUCUGGAGUCCAUGAGGGAGUACCUUUCAUCGAUGACUAUAUCACUAUUAAAGAACCUAUUGUCGACUAUGUCACUCAAUAUUCCGGUAUUAAACCUGGCGACUUAGACCCCAGGACCAGUCAACACAACCUGGUCCCUCUCAAAGUUGCUUACAAGAAACUAUGGCUGCUUCUCAACCUGGGUUGCGUCUUUGUCGGUCAUGGUCUUGCUUCCGACUUUCGCAAAAUCAACAUACAGGUGCCUAAGAGCCAGACGGUCGACACACAAUACCUUUACUUCCACCCUGGCAAGAACCGGCGACUUAGUCUCCGAUAUUUAGCUUGGGCCGUGUUCAAAGAAUACAUCCAAGAAGAGCCGGCUGACAAUAACCAGGGUCACGACUCAAUUGAAGAUGCCCGCAUGGCUCUUCGUCUGUGGAAGAAGUUCCAGGAAUACGAGGAUGCAGGAAUUGUGAAUCAAAUCCUGGAAGAAAUUUUCCGCGAAGGAUCCAAACUUGGUUUCAGACCACCACCCCGGAAUGGUGUCGCGACGGUUCUUUCUAGACCAGGCACGGCAGUGACCAUGCAGAAUAGCAGCGGUCGCAACACACCUAGUACACCUGAUGUAGGGGGUGCUGCCACUGCCACAGCCACGACCAGCGCCCCAGCAACACCCCGACAGGCAUUCCGACGUUCGAUUGCUCUUACUCCGAGUAAUGGCACUUUUAGUGGGCCAGGUGCGGGGGAUUUCUUCGGGGGAAGCCCUCUGAAGUAG